AUGAGUGACAUCCAACAACAAGAAUAUGCUGCAACAUAUGAAAUCAACAGCCACGAUGGCGGAAAAUCGAGUGACACUGGAAUACUCUUGGCGAUUUAUUAUGCAGGCUUUGGAGGAGCAUCACCGAUAUUUAAUUUAAUCAAUGACCACGUGCUUCGGAAUAGAAAGGGUGUCAUGCUAAUGGGUGUCUGUAUCGAAAUUAUAUCCCUUUUCCUGUUCCUGUUUGUCACUGAAUUUUGGAUGCUUGCUCUGGGACGUCUGUGCCAUGGUCUCGGCUCAGGCUGCAUUACCACACUCGGAUAUGUUGUUGUAGCAGAUCACUUUCCAUCGGAAGUUCUGGGAAAACAGAUGGGGAAAGCAUACAUGUUUUACAAGGGUGGUGUUGCAGUUGGUGGACCGAUAGGAGGACUUGAGUUGCUCUUGAUAUUACUCAUAGUAGAACGUCGUAGCAGUCCAAACGAUUGGUUUGUUGAUAGCUCUGAGAAAGAGAUGAUCAAUACUUCUGCUACUACUGUACCUAUAGAUGAAGCUUGUUCGCAAAUUGACGAUGACAAGGAAGUCACUAUCACAACGAUGCGACUUCUGCGUAGUCCCCAAAUAUGGACGAUUAUCUUGGUUUCCUUUUGUUCUGGGUGGGCGGUCGUAGUAUUUGAGGUACUAUUACCAAUAUAUUUAAACGAAGAAUGGGGGUAUAACACAAGCGAGAUCGGCUUAUUGUUAGUCAUUAUAUUGAUACCUACAGUCGUUGGCUCAAUUAUCUCCGGAUAUGUGUACGAUCGCAUUGGUGCCAAAAUACUUUCCUUUUCAGCAUUGAUACUUGGUGGAGCCUGUUUGGCUGUCUCAGGCAUUUCGAAUCGAGCUACGCCCGGUGGUGUAGUGCCAUUGAUCACCACAACAGCUGCCAAUGAAUUCUUUGCUUCCGUGUACAAGGGAGCCACCUUGCCUGAGACAUCGCGUGUUGCCAAAUCAUUAGCUAAUGGGAGCGAUUGUGCUAGUUCCUAUGCUUACGGUCUUUCGAAUAUUGCGUUUGCAUCUGGUUGCUUGACGAGUCCUUUAUUUGGCGGAUAUCUGUUUGAAUGCACCAACUUCACAAUUAUGUGCAUUACUGCAUCGUCGGUUUUGUUCGUGGUCGCUCCCUUUGCCCUCGUAUUUCUAGGAAAUCAUGUUACUGGUUUUUCAUAUCUUAAAAGGCGGUUAUUUCAGUAG